GUCCACUGUUGUUGUUUCGAGCGGCGUAAUGAGCAGAUUUGUUUAUAAACUUUUACAUAGUGUAAACCAAACUGGUUCGGGCUGCAGACGCAUUUCUUUGGCUGCUGUAAGAAAUGCGGAAAGCGAAUCUCAAGAGGGGGCUCCUGCCAGCACGGUUCUGGUGGAGAAGGACUCGCACAUAACACUUAUUGGAUUAAAUCGCGAGCAGCAGCGCAAUUCGAUAGAUGCCAACACCGCGGAGCAGCUGACCGAAGCCAUCAGCCAAUUUGAGGCGGAUGAUACUUCUCCAGUGGGUGUGCUCUACGGCAUAGGUGGCUCCUUUUGUGCUGGCUAUGAUCUGGAGGAGUUGGAGGCGGAGGCGCAACGCGGCAGCCUCAACUUUCUGUUGCGUCACGAAGGCUCCGUCGGUCCAACUAGGCGGCAUCUCCGCAAGCCACUUGUUUGCGGCAUCAGCGGUUUCUGUGUGGCCGGUGGAUUGGAACUGGCUCUAAUGUGCGAUCUCCGGGUGAUGGAGGACACUGCAGUGCUGGGAUUCUUAAACCGUCGCCUUGGAGUUCCCCUAAGUGAUGGUGGAACUGUGCGUCUAGCCGCUGCAGUGGGUUAUUCCAAUGCUUUGGAGAUCAUCGCAACAGGAAGACGCAUCUACUCCAAGGAGGCCCGGCGGAUGGGUUUAGUGAAUCGCGUUGUGGCAACGGGCACCGCUUUGGGCCAGGCUGUUAAUCUGGCCUUUUCUAUAGCCAAGUUCCCCAUGGCUUCCCUAAUGCACGACAGGAAUGCUGUGCUCGAAAAUGCCAAUGCCUACAACAAACCAGGAUUCCAUGUGGCCAGUUACAAUGAGAUCAUGAAUGUUACCUCAGUCAUGAUAACAGAUAUGCAGGAGGGCGUGAAGCGUUUCAAGAACUCUGAAAUAAAGGGCCCCAAAACCGAUUCGUGGAGCAUCAAGGAGAAAACCAUUCCAGAUUGGGAAAAGGCCGAAAUCGAGAUCGAAAAACAAAAGCAAAAGACAUGACAUAUGUAGUUAGCUGAUAUAUACAAAACUUCUGUUCUUCUGGUUAGUUGCAAUACUUUGUUGUUAUUUAUAAAACGAAAGCUUUUAUUCACGUAAAAUACAUUUAUUUAAUGAUUUA